AUGGAAUCUUUCGUCCACGAACUACCAGAAUGGUUCAAAUGGGACCCGCCGACAAAGGCUGACACGACAACAACUCAACUACCAGACGAAGAUUUUAACAUAAACGACGAGAACGUGCAAUAUUUAGAUGAAUCGUACAUAAACUUACAUAAAGAGGAAAUUCGAAGGCCUCCCAAGGAGACCAAGUUUGAAAGGUCGGGCCCGGAUAACAGAAUGCCGUCUGUUGGGGAAGUUUUGUUCGUAGUUCGACAUGCAGCAUUUGAAGGUGGCAGCCUUCGACUGACGUGUAUAGCUAGUAUAUACAACCUGUAUGCAUCGAGGGCGGAACUCAUCUUCGAUAUGGAACAGCCAGAAGUUGCGUCUGUGUUGGGCGUUCGGAAUAAUGCUAAAGAGUCAUCAAUCUCGCGCAUUGUUCUGUUAUCGAUAGUAAUUUUGCUCUACAACACUCGGUAG